UUCCUAUACUCUCCUCCUCACACGCGCCGGUGACAGAGAGCCAGACGGAGUGCUUAUCACGAGCUGUCCGCGAGCUCCAUCAGCAGCAAUAGUCAGUUGUAGUUUUGUAAAUGGAGGGUUCAUGUCUUCUUCCUAUUGGACCUCAGUUUAUUUAAGCCGUGACGGUGACAAACAGUGAGGACAUUAAGGAGAGGGGGGACGCACGUAGAGGCACUCAAGUUUGAGGAAGAUUUCAGUCUUGAAGCACCGAAACUGAGGACGACUGGAUCGGUGAGUCGAACUUUUUUGUUUCUUUUUAUACUGGAUCUGCUUAUGUUUAUUUUUACAGUGACAUAUAGAUACGAGUGUUUGAAGUCAUUGUAAGGAGUUGUUUAUUUUUUAUUUUUAUCAAAUUGAUAGGUUUGCAUUCUUUGCAAUCCAGAAAAGCAAACAAGGCCAGCGCCAAGUUUAAUUAGAAAUGUCUAGUUUCUGUGACAAUUGCUAAAGGAUGGUUCACUUAACCAACUGCAUACAGUCAAUUUAGUUUUAUUUGAAAAUUUUCAAGAUAAACAUUUCAAUUCUAAUGGUUUUGGGUGUUUAAAAGAAGUAUGGCAAUAUUUUACACCAGAAGGUACAACUUUUGUUUGUACAGGGCGAGCUCUGCUGAGACACCGGAGGCACCAUUUUCUCCACAAGGGGCGCCAAAAUAACCUUAAACUAAAAAUCCCCCUAAAGACGCAAUAAAACUAUCAAAUGAGCUUUAAGAGUCAAAAAGCGGCGUCAAAUUUUCUUCUCGUGUAGCUACUGUAAAAUACCUGAGCCCUGGGGAAACUUUGACGCUCAUGUAAAGGCGGAAGUUCAAGUUGCAUGGAAACCUUUCACAAUAAAACUCCACUGACGGAGAAAAAUCCGCUUCAUUUCGACUAGCCAUCUUCAACUCACUCAUUUGAUUUGUGUGAUGUUGUGUGCCGUUUGUUAUCGUGGCGGAACGUAAUGAAUAACCCUCUGUGCUCAGUGUCACAGGUUGAAGUGAACUCCAGAUAUGCGUGACGGAGUAAAUGUGCCGCGCGCAGAUGGAAGAAGGAGGAUGGGGUGCGCGAGCGUGUGCGCGCGAGCGUCACAGCGAUAAGAUUUGGUGCGUAAGCGACCUGUCAUGUAUCAUUUCCUGUUCACUAAACUACCGGCGUUAACGGCAGCAGCAGCAGCCAGGCAGGCAGGCACGUGCUGCUGGGUGAGUGAGUGGAGAGAGAGGAAGAAAGGGGGGAAACAGAAACAUGUAAUUUCAAGCUAGGCUGCACCCACAAAUGCAUGGGGCAUCAAUUAGUCACAUGGAUAUGGGUUGAGGUGCGUACAGUGUGACUUGGAAGUAUAUUUGGGAGCAUCAUUAGUGCUGUGUGACACUUUGGCUAUUACAUGAACAGCUACACGUUUUGAUAUGUUGUUUUAUCAUUUCCCCCCCUGGAAGCAAUAUUAACUACACACAUUAGCAACAACGAAGCAGACACACAAUCACAAUGAUGAGACAAUUUAUUAUAAAGAAGAACCAUAUGUCUUCUACUUCAAUAAAGUAUCUUACCUAUACAGUGACAUGAGCUACAGAUAAGUCGACCUCAUACACAAAUCCAAUGUUGAUCAACUCUCUUGGGUACACCCUAAUUUUCUUUUACCAAAUGAAACUUCACAUGCACACUGAUACUCUGAGAGUCAUCAGUCAUUCCCAGAAAUUGAUUCAAGCACUUAAAGAGCCCACCACUGGGUUCAGUAAAUUGAUGCCCUGGUCCAAACAGUCCUCCUUUGUUCACAAACUGUUCUUUUUAGAGCAAAGUAGGCUCUGCAGGCAGGCGUGCGACAGCCCAAUACAUCAAUGUCAUAAUUUGUUUUUAUCCUCCCCAUGCAGCCUCAUUAAAACACGGUUUGAGGUGAUUACUUUGUUGCUUAAGGGAAUCGCUCCUCCCUGCAGGCAACUUGACAUGCUCCAAGUCUGCUCUCUGUCUGUCUCAUUUGCCCCCUCCUCCUUCUCCUCCUCCUUCCCCCUUUUUGUCCUUGUUUUCUUUCCCUUUUUCCAUCAUCAGCACAUCCCAUCAUCCUUGGAUGGACCCUGAGUGGUGCUCCCGUCCAGUGGGAGGGAAUCCCACUCCCCACGACUCAGUCUGUCACCUCUAAUUUUGAAAUGCAGUGAUAGGGAUACAAUAUGGCAGUAGAUUAGCGACACAACUCCUUGUUUUUGUUUUUACUGAUAUUCAGCAAUAAAAGUGACUUAAUUUAGAGUCAAACACUGUUAAUAGGAUAAAUCCCCUUGAAUAGAAAGCACACACAGAGGCAGGAAUUACGGCUUCCAAGGAGGCCCAUAAAGCUCUGUAAAAAAGGAGACAGGAGGCCAGCAGUGACAGUUUUAUUUGCUUAUGCUCGCUAUUAAUCAGUUUGCUGCACCAGGGGGAACAUAUAAACAGCAAUAUAUUAAAUACAACAAAACUAAAGUUUUCUACCACACUCACGGCCAAAAAUGUUUCUAAUAAUGUAAGCCUUUCUUACAAGAAGUCACCCAAGACCUGCAAACACUAAAACCUCACAAGUCCCUUGCCUUUCCUUGUUAUUUCAGGCAAAAUACUAAUAUUGAAACUCUGCUUUGGUGAUAAGGGAAACAUUUAGGUAAGUAUGAAAGACUCACUCACACAGACUGACACAAAACACUCUGAUAAUUUCUUGACUUUAUCAGGAUGGAUUGCAUUUGUGAGUGAAAACAGACAAAAUUUUAACCCAGGUUUUACUCACUCUUUUUCUUGCUAGCCAACACAGGGUGUGUAAUGUCAUCUGUGCUUGUUUACAUCCAGGUAGUAGAGCAUUAUAGCAAUACAAAGGCAGCCAUUACCCCAAGCUGUGACCUGAUGCGAGUGGUAUUUUUGGGCUAAAUAAAUAAAAAUGUGAAUAAUUUGUUCAACCACCUAGUAAUUCCAGUGUCAACUUGAACAGAUGACUGUGUCUAAUCAUGUGGUCAACUAAACACCCAACCCCACCAGCACCCAGUAAAAUUCUCCCAAGAAAACUAAGUGAUCAAAUGUGGGCAGAGUGAUGGCACUGUCUAAGUUGAGUUGAGGAUUCAGCAUUUUUCUGCCAUAUUCAGGACACCUCUUGUUGGUAUGUCAAAUGUCUGUGUCAUUGUUUGUCAGAGCUCAUGGCAAGUACUUUUGGCUUACUUGCCACUUCCUAUCUAAGGAACCCUGAUUUUCUACUUUAAUUUCAACAAAUCAAAAUUUAAUUUCUCUAGACUGGGCUCAGUAAUAGACUUGGGAGAAUGACCUAAAGGUUUGCAGACAGAAUGCCUUUGGUUUUCACUUUUACCAAUAGGAAAUAAUGCCCACUCAUUUCUCAUCAGAGCAGCUGUUGCCACUCAGGACUUAAUCUCUGGGUUUAAACUUGGGCACCGUUGUAGGGCCUCAAAGCUGAUUCUAUCUAUACUUACUGUGAAUUUUCCCAAACCUGCACCUGCCUGUAGCUCUCGCCCUGCAGGGAAUGGACCCUGCUUCUUGGAAAGCAGACACCCCCCUCCCCUGGGUGGCACAGGAGGCAGCAGAGCAGUGGCAUAGCGCAGACGGAUUAUGCUCUCGCGUAAAUCUGCUGUCAUUUCAGAACUCUCAGUUACAAGAGAUUCUCUAAUGAGCAGCCCUCUGCUUCUCCUUGUCUGUCUUACUCUUCUCUCCGUUCUCUCCUUUUUGCUUCUUUCAUCUGUCUCUCUUUCCAUUUUUCUGCUGUCAAGGCCUUUUUCUGCCUGUUUGUUUGCAAGAAAGCGAGUGGAAGAUUCUGUUUGAAGUCAACAUGUAGAGAAAAAGGCCUUGUAUGUAGUGAAAAAAGGCCUUGAGUCUUGGAAGCGGUUGAGUUUCUGCGGUACUGCACUCAUUGUGGUUUUUCUUUCUCCAUCUCUUCCAAUUACAUGAUCUUUUACUCAAGCUCACAGACACAGAGUUCAUCUGCUAAAGCCAGACCUUUGUUUAAAAGCUGAACUGUCAGAGUGUAAUGAAAAGGUUGAUAUGAUGUUGGAUCAAACUGUAAGGCUGGAGGCUAGUCAGGACUAGGACUUGAACCAAUCAGGUUUUAUAUGAUAGCAAUAAAACCAAAUGCCACAAGCUAAAUGGUAAGCGAAUUAUAUGAAAUUAUUAUGAUUUUUUUUAGCACUGAAUAAUGCAUUAUGCAUAGAGAUGAAGUACAAUGAAUAAUCUGAUUUCAUGUUUUAAACUGAGAUCAUUUGCGGAGGGAUAUGGCAGAAAAAGUAUUAAACACAGGGGUGAAAGCUAAGAGGGAGAGAAAUGGGAAGUGGUUCCAAAAAAAGACACGAGACAGAAAAAUGCAAAUCAUUUUAGAAACAUCCUACCCUGUAUGCCUUCAAUUUCCAGACAUGAAUGAAUGCCGCUCCACAUCCAAAUGUUAAACCUGUGUCCCCUGUUUCAGAAGGACCGUAGUCAAGCCCGGCACUACUGGGGAAAUGUUUUAGGAGUGGAUCUACUCGCUCUAACUUAGUCAUAACCCAAGGCCUGGCUGGCUGUCUGUCUGGAGACAUUGUAACAGUUUUAUGGGACUUAACAGGCACAGCAGGGGGGCACUUUCGGCUGUGAAAAUUCAGCCAGCCAACAGCCUGAAGGAGGGAAAAUGGAGGACGGAGAGAGUUGGAUGGUCUGCCAAAAGGGAAUGUAGGCAGAGAGUGGAAAAACACAAUGUAGCAAAAUCAUGUAAACUCAGCAACAUAUACUUAGAGGACUGUGACUUUGGCAAUUUGUUUGUCCUUUCAUGGCGGUUUUGACAUAUGCAAUGGCUUUGGAUCCAGAGGCAAGCAUAAGCGUGACAACACAGAAACACAUUACUACCCCUCUAUCCUGUGCUCACAUUUUGGUCAUCAGUGGCCAUGGGGUAGAGUAGAUAGUCAAUACCCAGAAGCUUGCAAUAAUGGCAUCUAGAUUUCUUAAAAGUGGCAGUGCUGUUUGGGUUGCAGUGGUUAUGAAGGGCUUGGUUAUGGGAUUUAACAGUGUGGCAUCAGGAGCUCAGAUUUCCUCCCUGAGUCCCACUCCUUUUUAUAAACUGAGGUAUCUCAGGAGUCGCCCCAGGUUGGCUGUUUGAUGGCGUGUAAAUUUUCAGUCACUUCUGCAGUAGCUUUUGAACCUGGAGGACACGUUACUGUCCAUGUUCAUAAAGUGAAGAGAUAUGGAUGGAAAGGAUAGAUUUUGUGAGAUGAUGGGUAGAUAGAUAAGUAUAUGGACAGACGGUAUAGAUGAAUAGAUGGUUGAAUACAUGGAAGGAUUUUAAAGCGGAUGGUCUGGAUGGAUGGUGGAUGAAUGAUGGAUGGAAAGAAAGAUGGAUGAUGGUAGAAAUAGAAUGGACUGAUGCAUGGAUUAAAUAGAUAUAGUAAAGAGAAAGAUUGAAGAAAGUAUGGAUGGAUGGUAUAAAAAUAUGUGUGGAUUGAUUGAUUCAUGAUAAAUAUAGCUAGAUGGAUAGAAUUGAUGGUGUACAUGGAUGGAUGUAUAGCAUGGUACUGAUGAAUGGAUGGAUAGUAUGAAAGGCAAGUACAGGAUAGUGCACAUGAAAGGAUGGAUGGAUGGAUGGAUAGAUAGAUAGAUAGAUAGAUGGAUAGAUGAUAGAUGGAUGGAUAGAUAGAUAGAUAGAUAGAUAGAUAGAUAGAUAGAUAGAUAGAUAGAUAGAUAGAUAGAUAGAUAGAUGGUAGAGAUAGUAGAUAGAUAAUAGAUAUUAUAGAGAUAGAUGGAUGAAUGAACUGGUAUGGAUUGAUGGAUGGAUGAAUGAUGGUAGGGAUGGAUAGUGGUAAUGAUGGGCACAAAUGGCUAGGAUGGAUAGAAAGAUGGUUACAAGGGAUGGUAAAGAUGAGAUAUGGUUAGAAAGUUGAAUGGAUGGAUGAAUAGAUUAAACAAACUGCACUAAUGGAGAGAUAGAUGGAAUUGAUGGAAGAGAUGGAUAGAUGGUUUAAAAAGAUUGCAAAGAUGGAUUGACUGAUGGAUAGAUGAAUGGUUAAAAUGGAUGGAUGACUGAUUGACAGAUGGAUGGUUGGAAUGGAUGGAUUAAUGGUUUGAUGGAUGGAUGGAAUAGCUGGUAAACUCUGAAGCAUGGAUGGUUUAAAUGGUUGGAUGGAUAGAGCGAUGGCAGAUAAAAGUUGAGGAUUAACUGAUAUUUACUUGGGGAAGGUUACGUGUUCUUGUAAUCAAGUGGACAUGAAAAGGCAGAGUGACAAAAAUUGAUCGUCUCCUGUGAUAUUAAUCAGGACCAUUGUGCCCUUAGAAAGAAAGGAGUGUCCUAAUCAGAGAUGGUGGACAGAAAGAGCAAAGGCCGAACAGAAAGAGGUGAUGAAUGUACAUCCAAGACACAAUGGUUUGAGUUUACCAAGUGAAAAGACAGGCCAAGGGAAGAAGGACAGAAGAUGGAAGGAACAAAAAAGAGGAAUACUGAUGACUUGGCCUCAUGUCUCUCUCUCUCUGCCUAUCCUCAUUUGUUCUUGAUAUUAGAUAGCAUAUUGUUUUGAAAGAAUAAUAGCUGCCUUUCUUUUUUUUUUCUUUUUUCUAAAACUUAGAGUGACGGAUCACACAGUCUGCUGUCAGAUGGUGUAUAGAAAUGUCCCAUUUUUACUACUAUGUAACCUUUCAAAAUGCAUGUACCGUGCAAUGGAAGCUGUAAAGAGCACACACACACUCAGCUUAAUGCUGUCUGGUAGGAUCGUUAGACGAGUUAAUGUCCGUGCACUUGCCCCAAUGGGAGUUACUGUGUCAUUCUCCACACUUCCAAAACAGAUACAGAGAUACAGAUACCAACCUGCCUUUGGGGAAGACAUCCACACACACACACACACACACAGACUGACGUGCAGAUACGCACCUCAUUGUGUGGCUCUUACAAGCCGUGGCAGAAGGGGAUAUUAAGCGUAUCUGUGGUGAUGGUUUCAGGGUACUGACGCUGUCACAUCAGAUUAAGCUUGACAACAUUUGGCCACACCUCUUUCCGCUUGUCCUUUCCCCCUCUCUUUCCUCCUUACUCUCACACUGUCUUACCAUUUCUCUACUUCCAAUUAGUCAAUUCUUCAAGAUGUUUAUUUUUUACAUUGUAUCCAAGUCAAAUUUUUGUGGGUGCCAAAUGAUUUUUUUUUACAGCAGAAGAAAAAUAAGCUUGAUAAGAAGCUCUUUGUGAAUUGUGUUUUCAGUCACCCACCCUUGAGGACGGUGCUGGUCCUUGCACAUUCUGAAGAAGAACUAAAAAAUCAUUUUUAAACUUCAAAGCUAGCCUUGGUUCAACUUUGGAUUGAAACCUCCUCUCCUCCUGGUUUCCUCUCUCCUCUCUCUCUAUCUAGUCUCAUGUCGCCUUGCUUGACGGGGCAGGAAAUCAGUCUCAUUUCUGCUUUAAUUCAUUCUGAUCAAACAUGUCGCUCCCAAUCAGCCCCGUUUGAUUAGGAAAUGCCCGUAUCACAGCCCACCGAGCAGGUAAUGGCCAACACUUUAAUAUUUCAGCAUUAUUAUGCUGUGUAUGUGUGAGAGAAGAGAUUGGGAUGUGGACGUUUCUUUCCCCCAGCUCGAGGUUGCACAUGAACAAUAGCAUUGAGACGUGUGUGUGUGUGUGUGUGUAUGACACACUCUAUUGGAAGUGCUAAUGUGUUCUGUAUAUUUAGAAACUCUAUCAAUUCCACAUUUCCCACUCGAGCCUUUUGUUAGCACCCUCCUCUUUUCUUCCCUGAUCUUUUUUUAAUCUUCAUCUCUCUCUCUCUCUUCCCCUCCUCUUUCUCACAGAGAUAUGGGGUGCAGGCUUCCUAAAUUGCGUAAGGCCGAAGAGAGGCGAAGCCCUGGCAACAUCUACUCCACCCUGCGACGGCCUCAGGUGGAAACUAAAGUGGGUGUUUCCUACACCUACCACUUCCUGGAUUUCCUUUUGGGGAAAGAUGGUAUGUUUAAAAAAUACUCAGUCAUCCUGUGAGAGCUUCAUAUUCAUCUCUGUUAAAGGUUUCAUUUUUCUUUGUCAGGCUGAGCUUGUGAAACCCAGAGAGAUUUAUAAUUCAUGUGACCAAACCUCUCCCACACUUAUAUCCUUUUAAGAGGUGAUGUCUGAUUUCUUUCUGUGCUUUCCUCUUCUCUUUCAAAGUUUUUAGAAACACAAAUCUUUUUUAUUUUUAUUAUUUAGCAGUAUGGAUAUUUUUCUUUUAAUUUAAACUCAAACUCUGCUGGUGAUGGAUUACAAUAUUUAACUUACAGAGUGGCCAUGAGAUAAAGCCUUGAGUUUUUAGAAACUCCAUGGGGAAACAAAUAGAGUUGAGAUUUCUUUAAAGUUUCUGUGAGGAGUUUUUACGUUUAUGAAACAGACUUAAAUUCAUUUCAUUCAAACAAAUGGGACCAUUACAGACGAUGUAAAAAAAUUUUUACAUUGUAGUUUUUAAUGCCUCAAACUGGUACAUGAAGCUAAAUGAUUCAUUUUGGACCAAUUUCUGGCAAAUAAUAUCUCUCUUUAUGUGAAAAUUAGCAUUUCUACAAAAACCAAAGUCAGAAACAUUUUGACUAUCUGUGACUGAGCACAGUCAGACACAAUUCUUUGUGAUAUACAGUAGACACUAAUUUCUCUUCUGCAUGACCCAGAAAUAAUAAAUCCAUACAUAAAGCAACCUGCUCAUGAUGGCCAACGAUACAAUUUACACCUCUGAAUUUCAAAAUGUGUAGUUUAUGCAAGGGUUCAUGUUAAAAAUGUGUCAAUUCAUUAAAAAAAAAUGGACAAUGCGGGGAUCUAUGUGGGGUCCAAUAUCACCUUUGUGAAGUUUAUUCAUUCCUCAUGAUUGGACACUUGCAAAGUAAAGGCAUUUAAAGCCCUAAAAAUGGGAUUUCCCCCUAUUUUUUGCCCUAAUUCAAAAAAGGAACACCUCUUUUUGUAUAUAAAGAGACACAAACCAAAACUGGGGGGUUAGCAGGUAGUGGUUUUUCAGGGCUGAUACUGAUCAUAAGUAGUUCAUAAGACUGAUACCUGAUAUUUUCAAUCGAUACGCAUUUACAAAACUUUGAACUUUAAAAGUGACAAACUCCAACACUGAACUUUUACCAAGUUUGACAUCAUGCACAGGAGUUAACAGUCAACCAGUUACACUGACAGCACAGUUACCUCACAAUUUCAUGUGGUGUCCAGCCAAGCAGAUAGUGUUGCGGGCAGGAUGUUACGUGAGAUAAAGUAGUGCAAGAAAAAACAGACGCAGAGGAAAAGACACAAUGGCAGCUUUUAUUGUCUAGUGUGAAAUAAAAGGCCCAAAUUUUACAGAUCAACAGCCAAAUGCUGAAUAUCAACUCCGAUUAUUGGUCUAUCCUUUACCAAAACUAAUGAUUCAGAAAAAAGCUGUUCAGAGCUGGGUCUAAAACCUCCUGUGGUGCGUAAUCUGUGUCACAAGAGAAAGUCGCAGACGUUUCAUUUAGAUAACACUAGUCUGUGUCUAGAGGUAAAUAAGUGUAACUUUCUCAGAAUUUUGAAACCAGUUUUCCUGCAUCUUUGUCAAACCCGGCUCUGCUUUGUCAUCCUGAACUCUGGCUGCUGCGCUUCUGUGUGUUCCCCUCAUAAAAUAGCCACACUUGCUUUUCCAACUUUAACCAGUUAAAUAAAAUGUUUAGGUCAGCAAAUUUCUGUAACAGUAGCCUAUUUUUUUCCCCUUCCUUUAAGUAUCUUGAGGGCAAAAAGUGGCUUAAAAGCUAAAGCUGUGUCUUUGUGUGCGGCUCUUGUUGCUGCGAGUUCAAAGAGUUCUCUAAUUCACAGAUUCAGCUAUAUUCUGCCCUCCAACUUCCCCCCUGCUUCUUGCUUCUCACACAGUGACAGAAUACCAAAGCUGGUGUGUGUUCGCAUGCUGUCUUGGGAACCUUGUGUGUUUCUGUGUGAAAAUAUAGAGAAAUUGUGAGUCUGAUAAUGUGUGGGUGUGUGUUUGUGCGUGCGUUUUGAGAACAUUUGAUGAGAAUCCUCUAGAGGCAUGUAGAGGUUUCUAAAAAUACUAAUUCUGCCAUUGUGUUGGUGUGGACUGUGAGGAGAUGGAGGGGAGGGACAUGGCGGGGGAAUCGCAAGGCGAAGAAACAGAUAGUGUCGAAGCAGAUAAAAAAACUCCUUUUCCUUAUGGCUUAAUGUCUCUACAAGCCUGCACUGUGCUCUCCAUCACCCUACAAGCUGAAACAGGUGCAAGAAGCCCACUGAAGUCUUUUUUAGAGGAUUUUCUCAUGCAACACUGUAACAGACAGCAGGCAGGACGCCACAGCCAAGUGACCAGGCUUUGGUUGCCAGUCGGCUUCAUUUUCAGCCAACGCUGUUAUGUUUGGCAAAUGAGUUAGGCUCUAGUUCUGGCCGAGAGGAAGAUCUGGCAACUGGAAGCCGUGAUGGUGACCAAAAACAGACAAUAGACAUGAGGAUUGGAGGAUGAGGAUCUUCCUUGUUGGUAAAGGCAGAAGGAGAUAAGUUGUUUAAUCGCAUGAGCAGCAGCGGCGCCCAUUCAGAUACAGAAAGACCCCCCACAUACACACGCACACACACACACAUACACACACUGUUCAUACAGCUCAUUCACACUCACACAAAACACUUUACAGCACUUAUUCAGCAGAGUUAGUGUUAUCUUUGAACAGACAGGCAGGUCAUUUAUAUGGAAAACUCAGUGACGCCACCUGAGCUGCUUAAGAUGAGUAUACUCUAUUUUAGGAUAAACACAGCAACUGUGAAUUGAUUGUGUGUAUGUGUGUAGUUGUGAGUGGGUGUGCGACUGCCUCUCUCUCUCUCUUUCUCUCUCUCUCUCUUUUUCUCUCUCUUACUCCAUUUGUGAUAGAGAGACCAAGAGAAAGUGAAGGAUUCCUGAAGGAUUAUCUGAUUGUUUGUGGAGAUUGAGAGACCUCAUUCCCAGCAAGGGGAUUUAUUUGUAUUUGUGCGUUUGUGCGUGCGUGUGUAUGUGUGUGUGAGUGUGUGUGUGUAGGAAGUAGAUAGAGGAAUCUGUAUGUCAGUCCGUGACAUUGAGGAAACCCACGGUCAAAUCCAUGCUUUAAUUCAAUUUGGCCUCCAUUAAUAAUAUUAUUUCCCUGCCAGCGUGUCUUGACGACUCCUACACAGUAAUGAAAAACAAAUAUCUGCACUGGUGCCCCUCUGAGAAAUAUGAGACAAGGACGCUGUUUAUUAAUACAAGUUGUGUUCUCAGGAAGAGGAGCUUAAUGUUCAGAGCCUGGAGUGGAGCCUUAUUUCUAACUUGAACUUUGACUGCUCAGUGAUGAAAGUACAGAGAAACAACAAGGCUGAUAAUAAAGUGUCGGCCUUUGUUUUAUGAGCCUCGCUUUAACUGCAGCAAGCAGAAAAAUAUUUGUGCGUGACCGAGUCCAACUCACUCACACUGGGUCAUAUCGACCCUGUGAUUAUCAGGGAGGGUGAGGAGAAACAUGUUCAAUCUCUCAGGCAGUAAGCUGAUGUUCAAAAACAUGUUUAACAGUUUUCCCCUCCAAAUACAGAGACUUGAAUUUUGGCUGAUCCUUAGUGCCCUUACAAAACUAACAUGACUGAAAAAAUUGAUUUAAUAUUGUUUUUUUAAAAAUAAAGCAUUUAAAGCUAACAUUUUACAAGCUUCCCCGGGUCUCAUUCAUGAAAUGUUUGUGGAUCUGUGUGGAUUCGCACAAAAAAAGUUCUUGAUUCUAAAAACUUGCUGAGAAAAAAAACUUCUUGUGUGGGAGAUGGAGUGGUACUCUUCCUCAGAUUGUUGUAGGUGUGCUCUGUAACAGUCAAAUGCACUGCAUGGGCUUCGUUUUCACCUAGCUCCUGUCGCAUGUGGUGGCUAAACAGAGCCACACCGCUUCAGUGGGUAACAUCUGUCUUCUACGGACAGAAUAAGGUUUUUUAACAACUUACCGACCUCCUCGCUCACUUGCCUCCAGGCGAGCUCCCUUUUUAUUCCGGCGUUGAUAAUUGAAAGGAAAGGUAUCAUAUAAUUCGGGGCACUUACACACCAACACGAUCAGUUUGUCCUCCAUUUUAAAUACCAGUGAACAACGUUUUCAUACGUCACCUGGCAACCUUCGUGCUGAUUAGUUAUCAUGACGUAAAUUUCUGCUCAAGUUGAGACAUUUUCAGCUCCUGCCCAACUCGUGUCAUUUGUGUCGCCAGAGUAGAGGGAGCAUCUAAUCGCGUUUGCUGCCCUCUACUGGAUGCUCAUUCUCUUGACUUGAUAAGUCUUUUUACUAAAACGUGAACCCCUAAAGGUAUAUUUACUUCAUAGUAUUUCACAGUUUUCCCUAAAUGCAUGAUAACAAUCUGACAAACGGGGGAGGAAUGUUAAAAUGUGACGAUGCUUAACUGGUCCACCUUGCCAUGUAUCCAGUUGAAGUGGCUGCUUGCUUUUAUAAGCGCCAGGAUGUAAAAGGAUGCGUCCUUCGAUAUUGGUUAUUGGUCUCAUCAGUGUAUGAAUAUGUAGCCCCCUUUUUCAAUGGCAGAAAAGGUUUUUAAAGUUUGUCUAAUAUACUAAAUAUAUAUAUGACAAGCUUUUAGCAAUUUUAUCCACUGUUGCUAGCUAUUAAGAUGCUGCUGUUACUGAUUGUUUACAAGUAAUGAGUCUAAACUUCUAAAGAUUACACAUAUUUUACAGCCUCUCCAUAUUGAAUAUUUUUCCUGUACAUUUCUAGUCUUAGUACCAGAAUAAUUCUAGACCAUUCAUACACGCACCAUUUUUUAAAAAACAUGCACCAUUUAAUCCAUAUAACCUGAAACCAAUGUCUUGUUCUACUGACCUGGCUUAAUACUCUCUAAUCAGCAAUCUGCCGCACCUCCACGCAUCCCCCACCUCGACAAAAGGGUGCCAUGAUCUUCAUUAUUUCCUUUGUAACAGUGAUGGGUUACCCUGACAUGUCGGCAUGAAUGUGGAGUAUAAAAUGUAAGAGCCAGGUGUGACAUUUUAACCCAGAAUCCUUUUGUGUAGCGGCUGUGCUCAGAUAAUGAGCAGAAGAAAGCGUGAGAGAGACAUUAGCAAAGUACGGGGAGAGCGGAGAAAGAAAGCAAAGUUGAAAAGAGGAAGAAUAAAGUGAGAAAAAGGGGGUCUAGGCAAGAAGAAGAAUGAAUGAGACAUAAAGAAAAGUGAGAGACGAAGCGAGCAUUUGGAGGAAAGCUGGGUGUUUCAAGGAAAGGAGAGGAAAAGUCGAGAGAAGAGGGAGUCGGAGGUGUUAGAACAAGCGAGUGAGCAGGAGUCAGGAAUCUGAGGAUGUGUGAGGAAGUAAGUUAGGUGUGAUGCUGUGUGACUAACGCUGGUCUCUGGAGCAGACAGCGAGGAGCUGAACUCUGCUGAUGACUUUCUGCCGCCCUGCAGAGACCGAGACCCACUCGGCUCAUUAAAACUUACAACAUGUGUCUAACGCUCAGUGGAGAGUGUGUUGUGUGGCCUUUUUUCUGUGAGCUGCUACUGUAUACCUGUGGGGGAGUUUAUAUUUAGGUAUAUAACAGUGCGAGCGUGCACAUUUUUGAUUGUGAUCUACACCUGGAGGUCGUGAUGGAUACAUCCUCUCUUGAAAAAGAUUGAUAAACAGCUGCUCUCUCUCUUUUUGUGUGUGUCUGAAUCUGUGAUGUAUUUCCCUCGGAUGGAAGAUGAAGCAUAAAUCCAUCAGUUUGAUACAUCUUUUCAGUCUGACACACUGUUUCCAGGUAAACACACAAACAUUUAUAAUAAAAGGUUGUCAAAAAUGCUGAUAUGACACAGCCUAAUCCAUUUUCUCUGAUGGCUCCUUCAUGCUGAGAGAAUACUGGCAAACACGGCUGUGAAAAGAUUCACACUAUCACACGUACAUGCUACUGCAUGUGCCUUUAGUGCAACAAUAUUUUCUCACCAAACCAACCUGUUUUUCUCCUGACUUCACCUCCACAUCAGCCAUUUUCGUUCAGUCAUUUCCUGUAAACCUGGCCUCUUUAAGAGAUCACACUCUGUCUGACGAAGCUCAGAUGCUGACCAACUAACUGCUGUAGCCAACGGCUGCAUUCCCAAGCAGCGGGGAGCUCCCGGCUCCAGGAAGCUGAUUAUUUUAUAGUCACUGUUUUGGCACACAUCCUCACCUAGAAACCUCUGCAAGUCAUUAGAAGGCUAUUUAAAUAAAACGUGAACCACCAGCAAGCAGAGGGAUAAGCCUGGAGGAUGGCUGCGAGUCGUAAUCCCCAUGCAUCACCUAGCAGGCUUUGCGCAACUCUUUCACUCUUGUGCAAGAGGAUGGCCCAUACGCUCUCGCUGAGAUUUCACUACAUCACAAAUUUUGCUGUACGCUCACACACAUACAAAUUCAGAGGAUUUGCACGAGGAAUUAACAAGGCCUUUCAAGCAGCUUCAAAAAAUGAGGGUGACUCUCACACUCCACAUACAGCUUUUUGAUAACCAGGGUCAGAAAGUGAGGCGUCAUUGGCAGCAAACAAGCGCGGACAUGUGGUCAAAGCUGCGAGGUUGAGACUGAAAUAGAAGAGCGGGGAUCAACAGCUGAACAGCCGCUACGGCAAAGGCACCCUUGGGUGUAUGAGUAUGUACUUCAAACACUUGUUACAGGCAUUGACUGUAUAUAAAGACAGUGAUGUACUCCACCUCCUGUCAUACAAAAGGGGGCUUACAUUUUGCACUGAUGUAGGGCUGGGCGAUAUGGGAAAAAGUUUAUCACAGUAUAUUUUUUUCAUAUCAGUUGAUAUCGGUAUGUUUCACAAUAUAAAAAAAACUUGUCAAUCUUAAAAGUCCCUGUUACUCUUAAUUGAAAUUUAACAUGUACUGGACUUAAGUUGCAGUGAACAUCACUCUGCUUCAUGUCUGACCUCAAAAUAUCUCCACACCACCAACGUUUUUAUGCCAGUGUUGUCAACGAUGCUGUCAUCUGUUGAGCCUUCAUCUGCAUUUCUGCCGGGGGUAUCACUCAUUUUCUUUUUUCUCACCAUCAGUGUUGUCGGCUUCAUGUGUUAAAAUGCUAUGGUUGCGUGUAGCUGCAGCCUGCUACUACGCAGUUGUUUGCCACUUGGUUCUAAUUCAGCACAUGAUUGGUUCAACAUGGCAGAAUGCCUGCUAUCGAAAAAGCAUAUUGACUAUGUUUUAUAUUGAUAUCAAGGGAAAUUAAUUUUUGAUAUAUAACAUUAUCGUUUUAUCGCUCAGACCUACACUGAUGAUGUAAUUUGCAGCAGAAGUACAUGAGGUAUAGAUGUCCUGCCCUUUCCUGUAGAGCAGCAAAGACUCUUCAAGUCUACAGCUGAACCCCUCAUUGUGCCAGUUUGACAACUUUUUAGUGAGUUUUUGUUGGAAUUUCUCAGAAUCUCUUCCUCUACACAGUAUCACAGCAACUACAUUAAUCAACAGAGCUGUCAAUCAUUGCGUUUUACCCAGAAAAAUGAACACUGUAGCAUAACCAUAGACUACCAUGGACAACUUGGUUCCACCCUCAGCCAGUAUACGGAUUUGAAGCCAAAAAUACAUCGGUAACUGCAUUUUUUCUCCACUUCCUGAAACCAACAUUGCGCAGUAGCGUUGUACACAUUUGGCGGGAGAGUUGCAGAGAGUCGCUGUGAUAACGCUCUUCUCAAACAGUGUAUCCCCCGGGUGAGCUAUGCAAUCUUUGUAUGCCCCCAUAGGCUGUAUCAAGUGUCAAUCAUAGAAAACAUGAACCCCCUAAUAACUUUUAAAAAUGGAGCUGUACAGAAAAAAGAGGACUUGAGCACAAAAUAGUCUUACUGUAACUACAUGUCAACAUCGUAAGCAGGGAGGAGAAAAAUUUGUGUUCUGUGUAAUAAGUUUCUAAAGUUUGUCAACAGCUCCAUAGGGAUUGCUGGCGGAGGCGGGAUUUAUGACCUAUACUGCAGCCCGUCACCAGGGGGUGCUGUUCUUGCGGUGGCUUCACCCAGUGAGGAGGCAGACGGUGUUUAUUCUAUAUACAGUCUAUGAGAAAAAUGAACACUGUAACAUAACAUAGCAUACAGAGAACAAAACACUAAGACAGGAAACAGGUUUGAGAAAGUUUAUUUGACAUGUAUUUGGAUUUCAAAGUUGGACCCAGGAGCUUUAAUCCAUCAAGUAGAGAAAGAAAAUCAUCCAUGCUGUUCCUCACUUCUGCCUCUCUCACAUGCACACACACUUCUUUCCAGCUCCAUGCCUCCUUGCCCUCUCCAGCCGGCCCCAUAAAACCCCACCCGGCUUCUCUCCCCCUGAGCUGUUCCCAUGUUCCCGCUCUGUAGUGGAACUGCAGCCUCCUCUUUAAAUCCCACAGUGGCAGACGGUAUAAAUGAAGUCUCGUCUCAGCCUAAAGCGCUGCAUAACACCCUAAUAACUUCUGUAUGUCUGCCUGAAUUAGCUGCCUUGCCUUGCCUUUCCCUCGUCUUGUCGGUGGGUGAGCGCCAGCCGUGCGGAGCUAAUGACGGCUAAUGACUGUUUACGGUGACAGGAGUGAUGUUAUCCCCCCACCCACCUCAACACCCAUCCCACCCUGCCACUCCAUCCUGAGUCCCCAGCUGGUAGUCUUACAAUCAUCUCUGUGCUGCUUUUGAUAAGUCCCCACAGACCCCCGUUUAGGUGUCUGCUUGAUUAAAGGCUCUCGUGAUGCCAAGCUGAUGUGAUGGCUGGAUUCUCUUUUGGGGAGGGGGUUUGCUUCCAUUGUUAAACCGAGACAGCAGUGUUAGUUCAUGUGCUUGUAUCACAACAUGCUGGCCAGCUUUUCUUAUACGUGCGCGUAUGUGAGAACACGCCAGAUGAUGGAGAACAAAUUGAAAAUGAGAUGGUUCGUGCAUCUCCUUUUUUUUCCCCCUCUCUGAGUGUGUGUGCAUGUGUGUACAUUUUUUUCUCGUGUGUGUGUGUGUGUGUGUGUGUGUGUGUGUUAAUUUAUUCAGGUUAUUUUCUCUUCUCCAGACCCAUGCAAAUGAGAUUGAAUGGAAAAGGAUGACAAGCAUUCAGGCACAAACAGACAGCCUCAUCUCUCUCACACUCUCUCUCUUUUUUCUCUCCAACACUGCCUCUCUCUCUCUCUUUCUCUUCUCUGAUCUCUUUUUCCUCUCUCUUCCUCUUUCCCUCUCUCACACACCUGGCUUCACUACAGCCAUGCAUGCGUGCACGUGUUCACUUAAGAGCCUGUGCACAGAGAUGGGGCUUCACCACAAUGCAUUGACCCCGAGAGGGCGGUUCUCACAAACAUUGCUCUCUCCCUGGUGGAUUUGCCGUGUCAGUUUGCUCUCGUACGAUAAGCUCUGCUCACCAUUUCCGAAGCUGAAGUGAAGGGGUUUUCUUUCCAUUGUGUUUAGUAAUAAGGGAACCUGCCUUGUGUUAGCGAUUGCUGCUAAUACCAUACGCCCUGAACAGGCUAUGUGAUAGCAUUGUCUCCCAAACCUUUUGAUGUACUGUAUGUAUAUGUGUGUGUGGAUUUUGAAGACUAUACACAGCUGUCUGUUGGUGCAGGGACUCCACAGCAUGUGUGUGUGCAUGUGUGUGUGCAUGGUCUGCAUGGUGACAGGCAGGACAGAGGCUAAUAGUUCUGGCAUAAUUAGUUUCAGAUUUAGCGUGAAGAUGCCAUGUGCUGUGUUCUGUGCGAAUUAUCAUAAUGAAACAUGCUCCAUCUUCGUUCCCUCUCACCCUUUGUCCCACUUUCUCUUUAUUCUUCCCUUUCUUUCCUCCUCCAGCUUUUAUCCACUUUCAAACAGCACUUUACUUACUUACUUACAUACAGCACUUACUUCCCCUGCCUCUCUUUUUUCCCUCCAACCUGUCAUGUCCUUGUCGUGUCUGUUCCCCAUUAUCCUGUCUUGUCUAACCAUGUUUCUCUCCCUCAUCUCUUCUCACAUGUUGCCCCCUCCCCCCUUUCUUCAGAGGUGCCGGUGUCAUCAGUCCUGUGUCUCUCCUCGGUCAGAGAGCUGCCGGUUCAGGUCAGAGAACUCUACGCUCAGGGUUUCGUUCUGGUUGCCGUGCACCCGUUUGUCCAUCCCUGCGGCCCUCGGCACGCACACAUCCAGCGGCAGCUCCACAGGGCCGUGUUGGUCCGGGAGACACCAAGGUACGCAACCUAAACACGCUUGUAUCAGGCACUUUGUUUUAACCUAUAACCAGCAACAGUAGCUGCCGAAGUACAUGACUGUCACUUGUAACUUAUAAAUGGGUUUUUAAGUAUUUUACAUGAUUUUAAUUUCUAUAUACACCUUAUAAACUGUCUUAAAAAUGGAAAACUACAUUUCCACUUCUGGUCACACAUUGUUUAGUCACUGGUUCACUUUGAAAGGGGAAUAAAGAUAACAAAUACUCCCAAGAAAGGGUAAUUUUCAUAAUAUUUUUCAUAAUACAAUAAUCCUUUUUUUGUCUAAGAAUAUUAAAACAUGCAAAAUAAUCUGUUUGUUUCCACACUUGCUUUACAUGACAAAAUACACUCGUGUGUAAAGAUAAGCUAGAGAUAAAUGAGAUGCUUCAUGAUGCCACAUGUAGACAAUAGUUAGAAGUUGGCAGCUGUUUUCAGUGUCAUCAAUUGCGAGCCAUUAUCACCAGUAAAACUCAACACCUCUCCUUCCUCACUUGAUGUAAAAUUAAUUGCCGAGUCAGCCACAAAAGUGGCUAACUUUGGCUCACUGUCCCAAUUCUUUCACUUUUGACUACACGUGAUAAUAUACUGUAGUAUGCUGUAACCCAGUUAUUCUUUGGUGGCUGGAAACCACAAUAUUCGCCACCGUAUUUGAACAAAGACUUACUCUCUUCCCUCGCUGCUAUCAGCUCUGGUGCAGGAUACGAGCCGAGCUGCAUUUACAGGUCUGAUCAUGGAAGUUAUUGACACAUCUGCUUCAAAUUGAAACCAGGCUACGUGCGUGCACAGACCUGUUACCAUUGUUCGUGCAGGUCUGAUGCUGGAUUUUCAUAUCGUUCUGAUUUGCGUCCUAAAUGAUGUCAGUACUUCAUUUUUGCCCCAGUUUUCCCAAGAUGUGAACACUUUUUUUCAUGAAAAGACGUCUUAAAUAAUUGAUAGCCAUUAGUCCUGCGUGGAAGGGGACCCCAUUCCUCAUAAUAACUUGUAGUCUUAUCUAAGGAUAUGGAAAUAGAAAAUGGAAAUGAUGGUGUGUUCAUUAGUAGGUUUGACACUUUUAUCCAAAAUGAAUUAUCACUACAAAUUUAACUUGAUGACCAUGAAGUUUUUCCCAGAGGAUGAAUCUCUGUUAGUCCUGUAAAAAGUCAACAUCUGUCUGAUAAACAGACACAAAAUUUGGUACACAUCUUGAUUUCUCACCGUUAGGAUCAAGUGUAGUGGCUCAUGCCAUGCUUGAGUUAUUUAUCUGGCUAAACAGUUAGACAAUCAAUCAAUCUUUAUUCAUGUAGCGCCAAUUUACAACAAGUGUCGUCCCACAGACAGAUUGAGCUCCAUAUCGUAAGAUCAGAACCACUCCCAUCCCAUCCUCAACCACACAAGUCAAACACUGUGUAUCAUUUAUCAAGUUACAGAGGAGAGAAAGAACUUCCUUUAACAGGCAGAAUCCUUGAGCAGAACCAGACUCAUGUCAGACAGUCAUCUGCUGAGACUGAGCUGGGUUUAGAGAAGGGAUGAAAAAAAGAGAGGGAGAGAUGAACAGCAGUGAGACUGAGCUUAAAGUCAAGAUCCUAAGAAAAAACAUGAAGUGUCUUACUGGUAGAGAAACGGAGGCCCCCAGCUGGUCCCCGCUCACUCACACAGUCUGGUUAUAAAUGUAAACUUCCAUUUGUUGAAAAUCACUCCAGUGCAGUUCGAGGAAUUGAUUUGCAGAGCUGACAGUUCCGGGCGUCCUCCUGUGUCCUGUUAGCUCUGUUUUUAAUUGGAGUUGAAGGAACGGUGCAUCCUCUUCACACACAAACACAGACACACACAUGCUAGUGCACAGGCAGGUGCCGGGCUGCUCUUUUGAUGCCCCUCCUGCCAAGUGGUCCUGCUGCUUCCUGGCACCUGUCACCGUGGAGACGGCUGAUUGCAUCACCAGCUCUCGCCAGAGGAGAACGAUGCGCUGAAAGCGAGGAACCAUCUCUACAUCCUUUCAUCUGCUUACUUCAAUGAUGGCCGUCUCCCCCGUUUUCUUUUGUCCUCAGCAGCCCCCCUCGUCCCCUUUACUCUGCCUUUUAUGUCCCCAUCACCGCCGUCCCCCUUUCAUCAAAAAAACCCUAAAAAUGAAAGGAAAGAAUCUGACAGAUCCACUGUUUCAAAUCUAUCUGAGGAGCCGGAAUGUCACUCACGCCUCGGAGCACAAGAUAUUACCGCGGCCUUCGCUCUGACCUCAAUCCAAAUCUGAAGAGGCGUAUCUGAAUACUCCUUUUAUGAUUGUGUCUUACAGUGGGAGCAGGCGGAAAUUUGGUCCUUUUUUCUGACUAAUAAGACUAUUGUGACUCCGCUGAAUGUGUGCUGGCCUUCAAUGAAAGAUUCACCCAUACUAGAAUUGACAUUAUGUUUCUGCUGUGAUCAUUCUGGGUCGAUGAGUGCUCCUGAAUGUCAGUGGGGUCUCGCUCGGGAGAGUCGGGUCACGCUCAGACUGUGAUGUUACUUUGUGAGGGACCUGCUCUGGUGAUAAUGGACAGGAAAUUAACCUUAAGGAAACCGUCCAGGGAAAUGUUAUUAUAGCAGCAGACAUUUUUCAGGCCUAUAGGAGCUGGACUUUACCUGACUGAAUGCACGCAACUGAUGCUUGAUACUGAAUAUCAUUCACAGUUUCUCAUUAUUCUCCUCUAGCUCAGAGAAAAGCCAGCUGAAGUGUGGCAGACAUCGUCUGGAGACAGAUGUGUGUGUGGCCGGUCACCAGGUUGCUGAUCCAGAGGUGAUCCAAAGCUACGUUAAGAGGGUGAGUUUAAAAGUAAUCCAGUCAUGCUGACUAUGCCGCCUCGGCUCAUCGUGAUUUAUUUAAAAUGAAUUCGUCUUUAGUCUCAGAUGCUUGAAGCUUCAGAUUAAUAUUUCCACUUGUUGUUUUCAUUCUUGCGUCUUAUUUCAAUGUAACGUCCAAGGUUGAUCAAAUAGGAUCUGACUACACCCUGGCUGUAACAGUAAUGCUCUUACAUCCAUAAUAAAGGGCUUACCAUUGCUUCACAGAAGAGCCUCCCAGUGAAAAUAUGCAACAAUAAAUCUACCUGAAGGACACCGAAAAGCUAAAUGAGAAAAAUUCCUCACUCAAUUUGUUUGGGAGUUCUGAGUAUCACCAGAUUAAUCUUUUUUCCACGAAUACCAAUUCUACUGCCUGAACUCUGGGGAUCUGCACGUGCAGAUGUGGUACCUGCUCUCUCUUCACCCAAUUUAAAAUGUCCAGAAUUCACCUCUAUUUGAAUUAUUACUGAGGUAACAUGAGGACAAGGUUUGCUGAGGCAGUCUAAAUUUAACUUUUAUGAUUAGAUGUUCACAUUCCUACACAGAUAACGUGUGUUGAUUUGAAACAGACACUUACGGUCAUGGAAAUUUGAAUGUUUUAAUUAGUCCUGUGUGAGUGUUUAUUCCUCCAUUGUAAUCUGUCCCAGACCUCUGCAGGAGCCUCAUUUGUCAACAGAGCUGUCAAUCAUGAUCUCACAUCCACUUUUUAGAAAUUUGAUGACUAAGUAAAACUUAACUUGUCCAAAAAAUAAGCACUUAGGUAUAAAGGACCGAGCACAGUGCCCUUUGUUUACAUUUAAGCUAGUGAAAGAGUAUUUAGGGUGCACUUUUUUAAUUAAACCAACUGGGAAUGCAACCAGACAGCACUCUGUUUAGAUUUUAUCUACUGGAAAGGCUCCCUAUGUGCACUUUAAUUACAUUUAAUCAACUAAAAAGGCAACCAGAGGGCACUUUGUUUACAUUCAGUUCAAUAGAAGGGCAUCCAGAGGGUACAUAGUUUACAUAUUGUCCACUUGAAAGGCAACCACAAAAGCUCUCUGUUUACAUUUCAUCCACAAAAAAUUCUCUAAGAGUGCACUUUUUUUUUUACAUUUAGUUGACUAGAGGGGCAUCUUGGGGGGCACUUUAUCUACAUAUAACCCACUGAGAAGCAUCCUGAGGAGCAUGGAGGAGGGUGGCAUUGUUUACAUUCUAUUUACUAGAGGCAUUCAGUGAACUCUGUUUACAUUAAAUGAAAAAGAAAGGCGAGCGGGGGGCAUUCUGUUUACAUUUGACGCCUGAAAAAGCUGGGCUGCCAGAUAGCCCUUUGUCUUCAUUUAAUCAACUAGAAAGACAUUCAGGGGGCAUUUAGUUUACAUUUUAUGAACUAGGGAGGCUCUCAGGGUGCACUUCCUUACAUUUUAUCCACUGGUAGAGCAUCCAGAGUACUCUCUGUUUACAUUAAUACCCUGAAAGAGCCUACAGUUUAUAAUAGAGACGGCCUGUCUACCAUCUACCAGGGAUUUUGACUUUGGCGGUUUAGUUACACAGCUUAAGAUGUUGCCAUGUGUAAUUCAGACAUCUGUGAAGGAAGAGAGCCUAACAGUUUUAUCAAUUUUAGAGACAUUUUAUAUAAAUCAUGCCACAAAAGCUCGACUGCCUGAGGUGCGCAAGCUGUUAAAGCUGUUCUGCAUCAUCCUGCUGUAAACUGCGAGAGCUGAAAGGUCCCCAUCGCUGAAAACCUGUCUAAGGUCAACAGAUAAACAAUUUCACAGGAUACUCUGCAUUACGUUCAAAGCGUUGUUGUUCAGGUUGCACUGUAAGUUUAUUUCACAAGACCAGUAAAAAUAUUUGGUUCUGUCAUAUGAAUAAUGAUACUUGUUUUCCUAAAAUAUCAAAGGACAGGAGUUUAAGACUAAACAAAUGAAGCACUCUUGAAUUUAAAUCUGCCUCUGUUUUUAUCUCAGUCUACUUGUUGCUUUGUGUGUUGUUGUUUUUUAUGUUUGCGUUUCAUGUUUGUGCUGCGCUGCUGUGACUGUGACAGAAACAUUAAGGGGCUCAAAGGCCUACAGACAGAUGCCGAUAAUUGCCUGUCUGUGACAUAUGCUAACGGUGCAUCUUGUCCUGACAUGCGGUCUGUUUAAUUCAAACGGAGCAAAUUUGAUUCAAGGUUUUCCAUUUCAAAUUUAGUGAAUUUACCUGAUUGGGAGAAUUCAAGCACUACUUGAUUUGCAUACUGGUAUUUCAUACCUGGAAAACAAAAGGAGGAUUUACACAUGAAACAGAGAGCUAUGGGAAGGUAUGGGAAGGUUUAACCCUGAAAUAGCCAAUCGGCCACAGCGUCAUGACUGGCCUUUAUGUGCUGUAAAACUCACUUUUAGCCUCUCUGCUCAUGAAUUCGCCAACAGUCCAACAAUGGGAAAUGAAAAUGUGCGCUAUUGAAUAGAUUUGCAUCUGAACACCCAUCGAGCACAAAGGGAAACCUGAUUGGAUGGAAAUGCACAUCACUGAGCAUAAUGUGAUAGGCUUCUGCAGCGUGACAUGAAUAACCAAUCAGAUCAAAAACUGCCAGAGAGAGUUCCAGAUAAGAACCUGGGAGCAGCACCGGGCUGAGAGUGACAGGCUUAUGUGUGUGUGAGUGAGUGUGUGUCUGAGUGUGUGUGUGUGUGUGGAGUUUUGAAAUUCUAUACUUCUAUUUUUCCAGCAACUCACAAGCCCACCCACUCUCAAUCUGUCUCCAGACUCACCAUCAGAUAAAAGUGUGUUAGUGUGUGAUUCUUGUGAGCCUAUUGGGUGGUGAUAGAGAGGCUGUUUACUUUUAUGAUGUGUGUGUGUGUGUGUGUGUGUGUGUGUGUGUGUGUGUGUGUGUGUGUGUGUAUGGAUGAGUGAAGUGUCAAAAGUCGUGAAUAAUAGGAAGACGAUGCGUCUCAUUAUUGUUUGGUGGUAGUUUGCGAUCUGAUUUCUCUCCUGUUGAGGCUGUCUGAAUCUGUCAGCCCAAAUAUCAGCUGACAAUUAACCAGCAGAACCCUACGGGAGAGAGCAGCACACACACACACACACACACACACACACACACACACACACACACACACACACAUUUGCACACACACAGAGGCGUUGAGAUAAUGAGUUCCUUUUGUCAUUUGAAUAUUUGAUCUUUGCAGAUGAUUAGGUAGGUUGUUAUUUUGCAGAAUAUCGACUCUGUGUACGUCAGCCUUUGUUUGUGUGUAAAUGAGGCUUUGUUUGUCUGACUCGUAGAAAAGAAGGUGCAAAUUUAUUUGUCGUGCUGUGAUUGGCUUCCUUUAUAUUAAUGUGUCACUCAGAUUUAGACCAAAACACUGUGAGUGGAUGUUAACGUUGUGUGUGUGUGUAUCAAACCUUGCAGAUCCAGGAUGUUGCAGAGCAAGGGCUGAUGUUUGUAGGUUUCCUCCAGCAGCCGGGUGGAGGACCCUGCUACUUAGGGAACUGGGACCCAGAGGAUUUGUCAUCUCUGCAUUCAAGCCCCUCGCCCAUACGUCGCCACCCUUUCAGUGCCAACACCAGCCCGACAGAUCCAACAGAGCCGCAUCAUAACGUCACAGAGCCUGACUUUCCCUUUGAGUCCCCAGAGUCGGAUAAUGAAGCUGCAGAGCACACAUGGGAUCACAAGUCUCUAAAUCCCACCCAGAGUGUGGAACCCAACUGCGAAGAGUCCAACAAGCUUUUCAAAGACCAAACAGACCAACCUCAAAUCCACAGCAGGCCUGACGUAGAGGCAGUUCAAAGGUGUCCACAUCAAAAUCCAGCAGAAGGAGAUGAAGAUGAAGAGGAGACCCAGCUGAGUCCUAACCCUCUAGAGACUGCAGGCAUGAUCAGACAGACCAGGGGCCACCUACCGGACGUCAAAGCGUCCAUACAGAGAGAGAGGCAGAGUUCGAGCUCUGACAGCUGGCUCAGCUCCCCAGAACUGGACCGAAACCACGAGAGGAAAUGCAGCUCUGCCUUUUCAGAUGGGCAGAGCAGAGUGACGACACACAACAACAACCAUAUCCGGAUGAAGAGUUCAGAGAAGGGGAAGGACUCAACGUCACCACCAGCUCAGGGUAGUAAGUAGUUGCCUGUUUGUAGUGGGAUCAUAAGACGAUCAUCAUCACACAACAUGAUUUUUUUUCAAACCGUUAAUUUUGCUUCCAUGUUCCCGCCUGUAGGGAUGCAGCUCUUCGCCUUGUACAACCUCACCGGGGAGCUGAACACGUCUUUGAGGUUUUACUCCCUCAGGGUGCCGCUGCAAGUUCAUAAGGAAGCGGGCCAGAUCACAGAGGUGGACACACACUGGCUCGACCACAUGACUCAGCAUUUCACUAGCGGCGCGCAGCUCAUCGACGGGUUUUUCCACCUCAGCGAGGAGAAUGGUACGUCCUUGAAAACAGCGAAGAACGAAUGUCAUUUAUGCAAGCGUUUUGGCCCUCAACUUACGCAAGGGGAAGAUUUCUCAGCAUUUAAAAGCCGAACAAUUGAGCAAAUGUACCAGGAAGUGUCCAGUUUUAAUCGAAGUCACAAGAGUUUCAAGCAUCAUCAGAAAUCGUCAUGGUGAAUUUCAUUCUUGUGUCCUCACAGAAAAGGUUGUGACAGUAUCAAGUCCUGUUCUAAACGCUUCAUCCAGUUGUCUUAUUUCUGCAAAGGUUUUCCCUUUCACAUCAGAUCAAGUUGUUUGAUCAUGUAUUUGUGUAGAAAGUUGAUCAAAACAGCCUGAGAACUGAACUGAACUGAGAAUUUUCACUGUUGGAGUCCUGCUAGUUCCUGACAAAAGCAGAAAUUCUCUCCUGCUGUACAUCACCGCUCCUCUGCUGGGUGCUGGAUGGCAUUCAUGGAGUUAUGUGCCGUAAGUCUGCGGCUUACUCCAUAAGUCACUGCUCAGUCACCCGUGGAAUAAGAAGGCUUAAAGCAAAGGGAACAGGGGAUCAAUAGUGAGAGAUUGUACAGCGGAGAUGAGCCUGUAACUCUUGUCUAAACCACACACACACACGCACACACGCACGCAUAUCCUCCUCUGUUUGUCUGACUCUGUCUCUAAUUUGUCCUCUUUCUGCAGACAAUGGGGUUUCGUGUGUGGACAGUGUGUUCAUCUUCCAGAGCUCUGCAGAGGAGACCACAGGAACCUCCUACGACGCCAUCGUGGUGGAGCAGUGGACCGUCGUUGAUGUGGGUCUUUUCGAGUUUUUAAUACUCUUGGAAGAUGUGCACCGUGAGAAAUCCAGUGUGACUGAAGACUUAAGCUCUUUUCUGUCAAACAUAACGCAAGAGGGGAAAGGAGAGAAAGUAGUGCACGCUUGUGACGGAGCUGAAAUUUGUACCUGAAGUCAUACCGUAAUGUGUUGGUGCUUAUUUUCCUUUUGUGAGUCCAAUCAAAUUAUUUAAUUCGUCUCUUUUGGUUGAACACCGCCCAGUUAUACAGGCAGAAAACUUGAGCUAAACCAGACUGACUGGUUGGUUGCCAUCUGCUACAGCUGGAUAGGCUAAGAGAGAGAGACGAUCAAUUACAGCAAGAAGAACAGGGGAUAAUACAGGCUGAUAGGUACAAUGCCAUGAAUAACAGUAUAAGCAUGUACUAACAGCGCAGUAAUGAUAAUGAUGUGGCUACAGCUGAUCUUAAAAUAGUACCAGUGACAGUCUGAUAUGAGCUUUUGCAUUAGUAAUGAUCACAAUGAUAAUACAAAGGAGAAACAGGGGCUUGAUGUGUCUCAUCCCCCUGUGCCAUGCUCCUCAGGGGUUACCCUUUCUUGUUCUAGUCAAUGCCCAUGUUUCCACAGGGAGUGCAGGGGAGGAACCCACAGGAUGCUUGUGCACAGCGUUCAGUCAGCUCCGCGCACUCUGGAGCUGAUCCGUGCCUGUUUUAGUCAAUGCUCGUGUCUCUACAGGGAGCACCGUAGCUCUGUCCCAGAAGCUUCUCCCAUAUCUAUUUUCAACAGAGCCCAUGCCGUCAAGCUGAACAGAGAGAAGUGAAUAUGUCAUUUAAUUGAUUUCAAGAUAAAACACAGUAUGCUGACUCCUGAGCUAAUAUCAGAUCAUAAUGAUGGAUGUAACCUCAACACAGAAGAACAACCUCAUAGCUUAUCUGUGAUCCAUGUUGACCCCAGAAGAACUUUUAUCUGCUUACUUUAUCCGUAGGUAACAGAAAAUGAAACUUUAUUAUAUAGCAGGCACAUCAGCAGUAGACACACACCCUUCAUGGUGACUAUUUUAGCAGUAAAUCAACCACACAGAGGUGAAGUCACCUGUUAUUAGUAGGUUGUUUUCUGUAUAUGAGUUCAGCUGCUCCUGCUGCACUCUGCUGCACAGCACUUCAAACACUCCCAGCAGGCUAGGGUGUGCACUGUUGGACAGAACAUGACGCACAAGCCCCCCUGUGGGGUGUAAGCCUGUAUCAGCAGAAGGGAGGGUUCUCUAAGGCAAUCUCAAGCGAAAACUAACCUUAAAAAGAAAACCUUCAAGUCUAUUUUAAAAAAGUUGGAAAGACACCUGCCUCCCAGACCCUGACUGGUAGAUGACUCCAAAGAAGAGGUGGCCAAUUAUCACAUGCUCUGAAACUUUUAGAGAUGCAAUCUGGGACUGUAUUUCCAAUAAAAGUAUGUGGGCACAAUGGGCUCUUUAAGAUAUGACCAUUCAGAUCUUAUACGAGGAGAAAGCGUGAACUGCGUCUGUAUUUUUAAUGAUUUUGUGCCUCUCUCUGCUGCUCAGGGUGUUGUGGUGAAGGCAGACUAUGUCCCUUUGCUCCAGUCUCUGGCUCCUUACGGAUGGAGGUUGAUGUGUGUGUUACCGACGCCGAUUGUCAAGACCAACAGGUAGCUACAAGAACCAGAGACUCCAGAGUUAAAAUAUAAACUCACAUCGCUUCAAGAUUUAUUAGUCGUUCCUUUGAGUGUUUUGAUUUUGAAAUCAUGUUUCAGCUUCUAAAUGCUGGGAUUAUUGUCUUUAGUCGUUUUGUAAAUAGAAAGUCUUUGGGGGAUUUGAACUGUUUAAAAAGUAAAUAAAAAUAUGAAGACACUAAUCUGGGCUUUGGGAAAUUGUGAUGAUCAUUUUCCAACACUUUCUGUUAUUUUAUCACCAUAUAAUCAUUGAUUGAUUGUAAAAUGAUCACUGCUUAAAUGUAUUCCAAAAAUAACCACUAAAUCCGCCUUUCAUUUCUUUCUUUUUCUACAUUUGAUCACUUUAAAUAAGAUAUGAAAUGAGCUUGGACUAAUUGCAUUGUCUGUCUUAUUGUUUGGGGAUUAGAGCCUUCAGUGUAGCUCAGACACACAGGACAGAUGGUUUGAGAUCUGACAAAUCAUGAUCGUAUGCUCAUCUCAACAUGAAACCCACUUUGAAAUCUGUCGGAGCCGGGAACACACACAAAAAAAAAGAAACAGUCGCUGCUGUGCUGUAGUCUUGUAACCUGUCACUUUUUACUCCUCAAAGACGCUGGAUUUAGAUAUACGAAGAGAGAUGUGCAGACACUUCAGGAUAUAACAUAACAGCUAACAGUAGUAAAAGUGCUUUUCUUCUUUCUCUCCGCAGUGACGGGAGUUUGUCGACAAAGCAGAUCCUCUUCCUUCAGAGACCUGUUUUGCAGCGCAAGAGAAAAGACUUCAAGGUUUGCUCCCCUUUGUCUUCCAUCUCCACUGUGAAUCUGUCACUCGUCUCUGUUGUACCUUUAGGAUAUGUCAUUAAAAAGUCAUGUUACUAAAUAUGGGAUGUACAGCAAAUAUAAACCCACUUAGGAGAAGUCUAAGAAUAGGCAGGUAGCCGACCUGAAAGUGUACAGGAGAGAGGCGUCAAUGAAAGAUGCUUUGUUGCAGUUUGUCAGGUGUCUGGAGAGAUGGAAAGAAAAAGAAACAACACAAAGCCCGAAACUGUCUCAAACACAUCUAUCUGGUUUCAGAUGCUCAACCUCAGGGGUCGCAGCAAGGCAAAGAAAAAAUCAAGCGGAGAAACGCAGGAGGAGAGAGAGGACAGGUCCCCCGUGAUGGAGACGGAGAUGGACAGGUGGAGGAGAUACACAAUAGAGGAGGAAGACGAGGCAGAGAGGAGGAAGAGCAGGGACAGCCUUCAGAAGGGCGUAGAGGAGAGCGAGGAGGAGGAAGAGCGGUAUCAAAGGCGGCUCUCGUUCCUGCCAGGAAGCAGGGUUUACGUUGAAGAUCAGGAAGAGGAGACGGACAUCGACGAGAUCCUGCUAUCCACUCAGGGGAAGUCUGUGAGGUGGACAGAUGUUUGCAGGAGGGAUGAAGGAGGGGUCAAAGAGGAGGUGAAGACAGAGGAGCGGAUCAAACAGCAGCUGUUUUCUGGAGUCUGUUGACACAUCAGGAACACGACAGGAACUUCUUAUUUGGUCUAAAAGGGCCUUUGAAAACUUUUUGUUGAACUGAAGUUGUUCUGUGGAGAGCUGUACUGAAACGAGUCAUCAUGUACAGAAGCUGCUGUGGUCUGUUUUGAUUUAGGUGUUAACACUCUUGCAAGGCUGAGGUUGUAGCCCCUACUAAAGGGAAAGUAUUGUGCUGUUCUCUGCCUAGGGUCAGUGUUGCUCUGUGAUCUAUGUUAUGAAUAAAACUAUAUAAGGCUGUAAGAGCUCAAAAAUAGAAAGUUUGUAAGACUAAAACAUAUAACAGCUAGCCUGCUUAUUCAUCAGACACAUACAUGUAACUCAGUUCCUCCAUGUCAUUUCAGAUAUCCAUAAUAAUAUUCUUGGAUGAACAAAUGACGUCACUUUGACCAUUAAAGGGAUAUUCUGAUGUAAAAUUGAUUUAGGGUCAAACCACCAGUACGCCGAGUUAGACACUCCCUCUUUAUCAUUUCCUUGAAGUAAUAAUCAUAUGAAUCAUUUUGCAGACGCAGUAGUUCUUCUGUCUUAGCGUCUCGGUCUGGUUGCAUUUCCAUGAAGUAAUGAUCAUAAUUGUUCUUCAUUGAGCUGUGUCACCCCGCAGCAGUCUGUAUUGGACUGGCCUGAGGUCUCACUACAAACAAGUGUCUGCUGGAAUAGAGUAGGUGAGUUGUGUUUAGUCUCUUUGCUAAAGAAAUUAGGCAAAGUUAUGAAGAUGUUUGAUGGCUAGUGCUAUGGGUGGGACCCUAUAUGUACUGUUGAUGAAGUUAGGUACUGUUCUGAGCAUUAUUUGUGGCUAUAGAGUGGCGUUUUGGUUGAGGUUUGUUUAUGGCUCCUCAGACCGCUGUGUAUUGCUAUCCUGCGGUCGUUACUAAAGUUGGUACAACUAGAGAAGCAAGCGGUUGGCAACAUUCAUCUGUUGAGGGGGUGUCUAACUCAGUAUUACGGUGUGUUUGACCCUAAAUAAUUUUUACACCGGAAUAUCCCUUUAAUGUGUAUUUACUUUUCAACCUCAGAUAUCGUCUUCUGAAGUCUUUCCGUUUGAGUACCUUUUGGUGCGAUUGUGCAGACCUAUAACCACUAAGACUGUAGAAAAACAGUGAUGUUGCAGGAAUGAUUAGAAGCUGGAGACUUGGAAUGGCAAUGACUGGCAACUGAUUUAUAAGAAUACUGGAUUUACUUACAUUUAUCAAGGCAAUGAAGCAUUUUUUAAUGUUAUUAUCGAUCUGUAUGGCACCAACCGUACAAGAAGGUACAACUGUGUACACAGCGCUCAUUGGUAUUUGGUAAGACGUUAUUUUCCCACGUUUACGCUUAUGUUGCUCUACGUCACUGUAUUAAUCUGAUUGGUUGUAGGUCUAUCCAAUCGCUUAGAGGCGCUACCGUUUCCGACCAUUACCUUUAACCAUCCACCUUUCACUAGGCUUUUUGAACCAGCCAACAAAACACAACAAAUAAAUUAACUAAUAUCUCUAAUUCUAGGGAACUAAUGUACAAUCUUAAAGAUGAAUGUGGACGUAGACUACCAUAGAGCUACCAUAGAGGUAGAUGACCUGCUCUGAUUGGAGGGAGGCCUACAAUGCCGCACCAAUCAGGAUUCUCCAGGUGACAGUUAGCUUAAUUAGCUCACCCAGAGAAAACACACCACACACACUUAAACACACAGUUACACAAGUGAGGAGAUGUUGAGGGAAUUAGUGUUAAUUAAUGUUGUGUGAAUUCUUCUUUUUUGUUGUUUAUCCUCAAAAUAAGCUCCAAAAAUGUAAAACCCUCAAUUUUUGGAUAUCUGAAAGUACACAAUUAAUUACAGCUCUCUCGAAAGGCCUACAAAUAAAACAGCAUUUUGCAUGUCGCAGUAACACAAAUUUAUAUCUGUAGUGAUUUCCUACCUGCCACAUUGUAUUUCGAAUUUUAUAAAACACUUAAAUGAAACAAUUGUUCAGAAGACAUUAGAAAUUAAAUUUUUAAACAGACACUUGCAGAGUUAUCUGAGCUGGGAGAGAAAGUAAUUUGAUUGCAGUGUAAAUUGUUGAUUCUGUUGGGAGAUAAACAUUGUGGAUAUUUUAACUUUCUACUAGGAAGGACUUGAAUUACCAGUAUCCUUCUCCAGUCUAGCUGUUAUGAUGUUAAAAUGGCCACUUAUACUUUUAAUGUAUUAGAAGAUAUCCUGAAUUGAUUUGUAUUGGUAAGAAAUAGCCUCAGAUUCCACAGUUUCCACCAGUAAGAAUGUUGUUGUGAACAACUCUUAUUAUAUUUCUCACAAUUGAAAAUAGUUUUAAAUAAAAGAAAUGCUAUCAUGGAUUUCUGGAAUAAAACUUUUGAUAGGACUGUGUUUGGAUUGAAUGUUUAAAUGGCUUACCUUUAGAGCAAGUCUCCUGUUCAAGCCUUAACAAUGAUUUCCAGUUGCUGUACUUUACUACUUUCUUGUGCUAUCAUAUGACUGUUAAAAAGGGAGAGCUGACCCCUUUGGGUAUGCUGUAAGUUCAUUUGUUCAGUAUGUUAUUUAAGAAAGAAACAAGAAGGGACCCGUCAAAAAAAUCAUGUUUGCAUGUACUUGAGCCUGAAUGAUGCAUCUGCUUUUACCAAAUGGAGUUUAUACACUGAUACUGAUCAGAAACACCACAUACAUAUGUCAGUAUCAGCUGAUUAAAGAAAAAACCCAAACAACACAACUUAAAGGAUUCCACAUGGAGGUAAAAUGAUUUGCGUUUUUGAUGCUUUUUGCAUAAAAAAAUAAAGUUCAUUUUCAGUAAGAAAUGUCAUGCACACAAAGGUUAUAUUUUUCAGGCACCAUAUCUUCAGUUUCUCGCCAAAGGAAACAACAAGAUCGGUGAUUAUCUAGAGCAGCUUCACCACCGCCUCCAGGAGAACAUGAUGCUGUUAUUAAUUUUUUAUUCAACGCUGGGGAAACGGCAAAAAUGUGUUUGGUAAGAUCCUGGAGAAAUAAAUAGAAAAUAAUACAAAACUCUUAAUAAUUUGCUGGAGCUCGCUUGUAAAGGGUUUUCUCCUUAAAAAUGUGUAAAUUAGAAAUUGACUUUUUAUGACUUAUUUCCUGGACGAGCUCAGUGGUGUGUAAGUAGUGUGACACGUGUGUCUUUAUAUAAAAGCAGAGGUCAAUAAAGUGUUCCGAAACAGAUCGACUCAAUUUCCUUUAUUUCCUCACACGAGAAAGAAAUGCAGAAACAACUCGAAAAUGAGUCUCAAGAGCGCGACCCCCCCACUGAUAGAUGACAACAAGAAACUCGCUCCCAUCUCCGAGGGAUGUUCAGUGAUCUGAGCCAAUCAGAGACCACCUGGAGGUUCCAUUACAGUGCACCAUGGGAUACUCACUUCACCGUGUUAAUAGGUGUGAUUGAGUUAAAUGUGCAUUGAGAUGGGCACUGUAUGCAUAACAAUCAGAGUGGGUAAACCAGGCGGGGAAGCUGGCCAAGAAGUGGGAGGAUGAGAAGCGUCUGAUUCUAAAAAUAUACAGCUUGAGAAGUUUGCAUGUGAAUAAAAUGAAAAACAUUACAGACAGUAACUCAGUCAAACUGUUUCCAACCUUCACUUCUGCUAAUAAAUAUCAGAGCUAUUUUAUUAAGUUUGCACUCUCACAGUAAAACACUUUCUUAAAAAAAGUGUAAUAAAAUAACUGAGGUACUUUGUCAAAAGAAAAUAAGCCACUUUAAACACUUAUUAAAAGUGUAAAUUAACAGUACAGGUUACAAUUGUCUGGCCUGAUCCUCUAUACCACAAGAGACUUUAAAGCAACAGUUGGCAUUUUUGAAAUUCACUUUUCUGUGUCUUGCAAAGAGUGAGAUAAAAAGAGUUUAGGAAAUCUGCCUCACAGUUUAUUUAACAAGUAAUAUUUUGUAAUUUCAUAGCUGUGUUUAAUACUUGAUUCUGAUUUGUCAAUAUUCCACAGCAACAGUAUUUACAUCUCAAUAGCAGACCAUCGCUAUGGUAACAGCUUAAGUCACAGAUGCUGCGUUCGAGUUAUCUUGGAAGUCAGAUGUCGGAAUGACGUCACACCUGAGUUACCAGAGUUUCAGUUACCAAGUCAGAAAAAGCAAAAUCAGAGGAGGAAUCAAGAUGGCUACAUCUACGAAAGUUAUUUUAGCGCUUGUUAUUUUAGCAUCCUUUUUUUUCGAUGUAGCCAUCUUGUUUACGCCUCCGAUUUUGCUUUUUUCACACUUGGGUGUGACGUCAUUCCCAGCUACGACAUCUGACUUCCGAGGUUACUCAAAUGCAGCAAGACUCUGUGAUAAGAUGUCUGACUGAUCCAGUUUUUUACUGUGGGUAAAAAAGGGAGAAAGCGGUGGGGAAAUGCAGGAGAACGUUAAGACACUCAAACUAGACACUGACAGAGAAAUACAAAAUACAGAGCUGAUGGUGGAACUAAUGGAAAUAUAUAUGACAGACUGGCAGAGACGAGGUAGAAAACUCAGUCAGGAAUUCCCUAAUAGGGGGGUAACACCAGUGUGUAUGGGGGGAGGCGGGAGUUAUGAUGGAGGGCUCAAUAAAAUUAAUGCACAAACUUGUUCUACAGCAGCAAAACAGGGGCAAUUGCAUAAAAGAACUAGCAGAUCCACAUCAGGCUGAUAGUGAAUCUACAAAGAAAGAACCCUCAGCUUCACCUCCUCUAGUGGUCGGCAGCCCAGACUUGAAACAUUUGGAAGCUGCAUGUUCUAGUGUGUCACCGUCUGUUGCUCUCUUUGCAAAACUGGUUGACGAAACAAUUUUGCCUAAAACUAAAAAAGGAACACAUUGUACGAGGUGUUGCAUUAUGUGGAGGAUUUACCUUUAAUUCCUGGUAGUUUGAUAGUUAAUUAUGUAGCCUGUUACUUAGUUAUGUAUGCAUCUCUGUCCUUGUUUUAAGCUGCACUAACAGCUACAGAAUGCUCAUGAUCUCCUUAUCUGACUCACUGCACAAAGUGAUUAUCUUCACAGAAACGGCAAAUUGUAACUGGAAGAAGUAGCUACUUAAAAUGUCGACGUGUUUGGGGUGAAACUGAACAUCACCCGUGACUCGACUCCAGCAAGUCCUCAGGCAGUCAUAAAAGCUACCAAUGAGACCAGAUUUGAUGAUGCCCCACAAACUCAGUCACAUGGUCUUUCACAAUCGUUGCCAUAUUCAUAGAGGCAGGAAGCUGAAAAAUAUCAUGCCAAAGUUGAGAUUUUACAGUCUGUUCAGUCUUCUUCACGGAUCUGGAGGAAUAAAAAUCCUCUCUGUUGUCUUUGUGAGUCAGCUGCUGGAUAGAGAGUGGGCGGUCCCGGCGCUCCAUCACAGAUCAGGCACAGGUUGCAGCAGCAUGAUCGCAGGGUGACUUUCCUCAAUAUUCCACUUUCUCUCAAUUCGCCACACACCUCCGAACUUCCCUGCAGGCAGGAAACGGGGCACUGAUCAGGAGGGGUUCUCCGCAGGGUCCUCGGGUCCUACCACCAUUUCUCAAAGAGGAUUCUGUCUUUUGGAAGGCCGAGGUCUGUGAGGGUUUUUGAAAGUGCUUCGAUCAUCGGCGGCGGGCCGCACAGGAAGCACAAAGUCCUCUGUGGGUCCACGUGAACCCGCAGCUCCUCCCUUGUGAC